AUGUCGGGAGCAGACUCGGAGAUGAAAAUAGAUGCAGCCCGUGCAAAGACGCUGGUUUCCCAGCUCCAGAGCGUGAGCGAAAGGAUCGCCGCGGUCUCUAAGGGCAGAAAUGUCCGCCUCGUGGCAGUCUCAAAGCUAAAACCCGCCAACGACAUCCUCGCCCUUCACCAACCACCAGUCUCACACGUCCACUUCGGCGAAAACUAUCAGCAAGAACUCCGCCAAAAGGCCGAGAUCCUACCAAAGACCAUUCAAUGGCACUUCAUCGGCGGUCUCCAAUCCGGCCACUGUAGACCCCUCGCGCGCAUCCCCAACCUCUUCUGCGUCUCCAGCGUAGACACUCUCAAAAAGGCCCAACUCCUCGACAAAGCCCGAGGCGACCUCAUCGCCACCGACCCCUCCAUCCCCCCGCUCAACGUCCACGUCCAAGUCAACACAUCAGGUGAAGAAUCCAAGUCAGGCUGCACCCCCGGCGACGAGACGAUAGAUCUCUGCCGCGCCGUCGCCGAAGCGUGUCCUAACCUGCGGCUCCUCGGGCUCAUGACCAUCGGCGCCAUUGCGCGGAGCAAGGCGACGACGCCGGAGAAUGAGAAUGAGGAUUUCGUGGCGCUGAGGGAGCAGAGGGAUCUCGUGGCGGAGAAGCUGGGGCUUGAGAAGGAGAGCUUGGAGUUGAGCAUGGGUAUGAGUGAUGAUUUUGAGGGGGCUAUUACUUUAGGGAGCUCGGAGGUGCGUGUCGGGAGCACGAUAUUUGGGGAGAGGCCGGCCAAGGCGCACGCGAAGAUUAAGGAGUAG